AUGAUAGACAUUCAAUUGGUAAUCCUUCUCGCCGUUUCUGUGUCUGUGUCUGGACAGACGCAGACGCAGACGCAGACACCCGCUCUCCAGUCUCUCCAAGGCCCGACAAUUACCAGCUCAGCCUGUCCCCCCGGCUCGACCAUCCUCCAUACAACGGACUGCACAUACGGCACCUCCACGUCGUACUGCUACAGCGUGCCGACCCCGAUCCAGUGCCCGAGCGGCUCUUACCCGGGCGUCUGGCAUCCCGGCGACUGCAUCGAACAGCCAACCUGCUACCCAGUUUCAGCAGCGUGGAUCACGACCGAGUGUUCGCACGGCGCCGUUCCCUGGACGACUUCGACUUUGUAUGCGGGGGUACUGGGGGGGACAUCCACCGUCAUUAGAGCUGUGUCGUGUUCCUGCGCCAGCGAUCAAUGGUACAGCGCAACCCUGCUGUCCGAGUCUGUCUAUACAUUCUGCAUGCCCCGCUCGGACUGUCCGCCGGGGAUGACCACUUCAACCAGUGUGAAUACGUACUGCGCAACGGCCGGCUGUGAGGGAGAGGGUAUCUGGCCGACGACGACGUACUGCAAGUGUCGAGGCUCAUCGACGGCAGUAUAUUCCGAAAACGAACCCAUUACUUGUGCGGCUUGA